AUGGCAAAUGGCCUUCCUUCAUCACCGUCUCCGGAAGGCACCGACAGCACCCGCUUCACACCAGUGAAGCUCGACCAAGAAGACGCCGAAAAGCCUCCCCGCCGCGAUGAUGACUCGUCAAAGGAUCCGUUCCUCGUCGCGUUCAGCGGGGAUGACGACCCUCGAAGCCCUCGGAGCAUGUCGAACGCCCGGAAAUGGCUGAUUGUCAUCGUCGCCUCCACGACCAUCGUCACCCUGGGUCUGAGCUUGUUUGUCAUCGGGCUUGGAUUGGGGCCGAUGUUUCUGGCCCCGUUGAGCGAGUUCUACGGCCGAAGACCUGUCUAUAUCAUCUCCAUGUUCUUGUUUGUCAUCUGGAUUAUCCCCACGGCUCUCGCGCAGAAUCUGGCAACCAUCAUGAUCUCCCGUUUCCUCACCGGCUUCGUGGGCUCGGCCUUUCUCAGCGUCGCCGGAGGCACUGUCGGCGAUCUUUUCGAUAAGCAUAGCUUGGGAGCUCCCAUGAUGAUCUACACGGCGAGUCCAUUUCUUGGUCCAGAACUAGGCCCUAUUGUUGGAGGUUUCAUCAACUACAACGUCAACUGGAGAUGGUCGUUCUAUGUCUUGAUCAUGUGGUCCUUCUUCCAGUGGGUGGCGCUCUGCUUCUUCGUCCCGGAGACGUAUCACCCUGCCGUACUGCGCAGUCAUGCCAGAAAGCUGCGCAAAGAGACAGGAGAUGAUCGGUACUACGCGGCCAUUGAAAAGCUGGAUCGGUCCAUCAUCCAGACUAUCAUCAGAUCCUGCUAUCGGCCGUUCCUCCUCUUGUUUUUCGAACCCAUGUGUCUGUGUCUGUGCCUUUUCUGCGCCGUGCUCCUCGGAGUUCUCUAUCUCUUCUUCGAAGCUUUCCCCUUGAUUUUCGAAAACAACCAUGGUUUCAAUCUGUGGCAGGUCGGUCUCAGCUUUCUCGGUCUGACCGUUGGAAUGAUUCUUGGUGUUUCCACGAACCCACUAUUCCAAAAGAAUUAUAUGAAACUCUUGGCUAGACAUGAAGCCGAGACGGGAGAAAAGGGUGGCUCAGAACCGGAAUAUCGUCUUCCUCCUGCAGUUGUGGGAGCUCCCCUUGUCACGAUUGGCCUUAUGUGGUUCAGCUGGACAACAUAUGCUUCUGUCCACUGGAUCGUCCCCAUUAUCGGCAGCACGAUCUUUGCUAUCGGUCUAGUCAUGGUCUUCUCAGGUGCCUUCACCUUCCUGGUAGAUGCCUAUCCCACGUACGCCGCAAGCGCCCUCGCUGCCAACAGCUUUGCACGAAGCAUGUUUGCAGGUGCUUUCCCCCUCUUCGGCACGCCAAUGUAUAAAAACCUCGGAUACGAGUGGGCAUCCUUCCUACUUACGAUGAUCACCGUCUGCCUGCUUCCAUUUCCGUAUAUCUUUUACAAGUACGGGAAACGAAUCCGUCAGAGAAGCAAGUUCGCUACAUCAAUAUAAAGACGGCUCACGACUGAACUUAAACUGAAACGAAAAUUAAAAGCACGACGACUACCGUAAAGUCGAGUCUAUUCCAGACUUGACCAUCCAACACUACGAUCACGCAUUCGCAUGACAGCGCUGGGAUUUCAUUUUUUUUUUUUUUUCAUUUCCAUCUUCCUUGAAAU